AUGGAGACAAUUGUUAUUCUGGAAGAGAAAAAGAAAUAUGUUGUCCAACAAUUCACAAAAUCUGAAGAAUAUAAUCUUGAAAUGGUUGAAUGUUUCAACAACGUCUCACCAAAUUACAAUUGGAGCGAAAUUGAUGUUACUGGUGUCUGGCAGGUGCUAAAUAUGGGUGGAGAGGGAAUGGCUCAUCAUAGCCUCUUGCAUGCAACAGGAAGGCCAAAGACAUGGAUCUUUUGA